AAAUUUUCUAUCACCGUUGAUGAGUAUACACUUAGAGUUUGAUCAUCAAUUAUUUGAGUGGUCUUUUCACAGAUUCAAAAACCAAAUACUUUGCGAUCUUCACUUCGCUGACGUGGCGCUGAUGGAGUGCUCGGACUUCAUGCAGCAGUUGCGCAGCUUCAAACCACAAAGUUUAGGCUGCGCAGUUGCCCGAAGAAAAUCAUCGACCACCUUGAUCUUUCCUUUGCCACCGCAAGCAUGUUCAGACGAGUUUUGUAACGAAUUCCCACACAACCUGGUGCCCACACCCGGCUACUGGAUCGAGUGUUCGAGACAGCAGAUCACCACCGACACAAUUUGGGACGAAAGCGAGAGCGGAGACGCGACGGACACGGAAUUGGCAGAGGAUCAACACGAAUCGGACACUGACGAGUUACCGAGAAAGAAAACUACCAUCGAGGAACAAUGGGAGAAGAACCAAGGAUUCGAGCUCACGUCUGUCGAACAAGAAACCUACGAGAAAUACUUCUACGGAACUGAACACUGGAACUAUUUCACGAAGGACGAGGAUCUGGGACCGGUGAUACUCAGCAUCAAACAGGAGACGCUGAACGGACGGGAUCAGUUCAGGAUACUCGUCAGGGCUAUCAGUUACACGGUUCAUGGGCUCAUUCCUGCUAGCUGCGUUUUUGCUGACAGGUACAAUCGCGAAGAGGUAGUACGUAGCCUGGGGAAAGAGGUAAAUGUAAAUCCACCCUUAACGUUGGGCCAACUACCAGACACCCAAGACGAGUUGCUCAAAUUGGAUCAGGUGUUCAUAAAAUCCGAACUGAAAGUUGGUGUGAUUUACGUAAAAGAGGGCCAACGGACGGAGGAGGAGAUAUUAGAUAACAACGAGAAUUCGCCGUUGUUCGAAGAAUUCUUGCAAAUCCUCGGUGAUAAAGUUCGAUUGAAGGGAUUCGAUAAGUACAAGGGUGGUUUGGACACCAUUCACGAUUUAACCGGUUUGUACUCGGUUUACACCAAUUGGCGUGGCAUCGAGAUCAUGUUCCAUGUCUCCACGUUGCUUCCUUACGAGAAACAUGACGCGCAAAAGCUGCAAAGGAAGAGACACAUUGGCAACGACAUAGUGUGCGUGGUGUUUCUGGAAGCUGACAACACAGCUUUCAAUCCAGCUUGUAUAAAAUCGCAUUUUUUGCACACAUUCAUCCUAGUGCGAGUUAGUCCGCGAAUAAAAAGAAAAGUAACUAGAUACGAGGUGUCUGUGGUGACGAGAGACGAAGUUGGAGCCUACAAACCUUAUCUUUGGGAGCAGAAUGUCUUCAAAAAAGGUCCUAUGUUUCGUGAAUGGAUCUUAACGAAAAUAGUUAAUGGAGAGAGGGCAAGUUAUUCAGCGCCGAAAUUCGCAAAAAUGCAAGAAAGAACGAGAACUCAGAUGCUGGAGGACAUUGUUGCUAAUUUGGCCAAUCAUGCUGAGACUGGACAGAUACCAAAACCAUACAGGCGUGGUUCCUGGAGGCCAAUCGGUCACAUGAGACCAUCCUCGCCACUUUUGGAUUCCGUGAGAGAUCAGUUCGAGGACUACGAUCAACUAGCCAAAGACUUUACCAAAGUAUUCUUGAAUAACCAAGAAAAUACUGCUCUGAACGCGAAUCUGUUCGACGUUUCUUUCCUAGUACCUGGGCAGAAGAAGCAGAAAGUUCGAUUCACGGGUGUCAGAGCGAUUCUUGCUGUCAGAAGCAGAGUGUUCCAAGAAAUGCUGUACGGAAUCCAAACAGGUUUCGGAAGUCCUCAAGUACCAGUCGCAGAAUUGCUUGCAAGGCCAGCGCCAGCUCUGUUGAGUCCCAAAAAGCCAAGAAGUUCGAACUUCCUUCAAGUUCCUGACAUGGAGAGUCCAAGACCCAAAAGCGUGCCCUCGUCGCCCAUGGUGAAACGAGCAUUCUCGAGGCUGAGCACCAUCACCACCGGAUGGGGAAGAAGUAUUCGAAAGAGCGGAAACACGUUGCAGAGCGAGGAUCGGAAACGUUGGGCCAGCUCGCAAGAUUGCAGCAACAAAGAAGCAAAGGAAAAAGAAAAGGCUGCCCAACAACUGGCGGUGCCAAGGCUCAGCGUAUGCGCGGAUGCACAAAAGGUCGACAGAGCGAAACUGGCGCAAACAGAGUUCGACAUCAUCGAGUUCGAUCCAGAAACCUUCAGGAUCCUCCUGGACUACCUGCACACAGGUUCCUGUCCGUUAACCUGCAGCAACAUUCCCGGCUUGAUCUGCGCCGCGGAACACUACGACCUUCCCGAGCUCCUUCAAGCGUGUUUCCAUCACGCGAAACAGUUCCUGCGGAUCGAGAUCGUCUGCGUGAUGCUCUGUGCUCUGGAGAAUUAUUGUUGGCGUUACACGUCCGCCUCGGAGCUGGUCAACAUGAUCCUCGCGUUCAUCGAGACCAGGGCGUAUCAAGUGUUCCAGAACCCCGGUUUCUUGACCUUGAGCGAGUCCAUGGUGCAGAUGAUCAUGUGCAGGAAUCUAGAGGUCGGCGAGAUCAAGAAAUUCGAGGCCAUGUUGAACUGGGCGAAUCAUAGGAUAAAGACGAAGACGACCAAGGAGAAUGCAAAGUCUGAGUUCACUUGCAUCAUGGAGAGACUUUGUAGAGAUCUGAAGUUGUAUAGAAUAACUCCUCAGGAACUUAUCAGGAUCGUUUUGCCAUCAAAGGCGAUAAAGAACGAGAGGAUCCUGGAGACACUGAUGUACCAAGCGAACUCCGGAAUGUACAGAAACGUGGACAGCUACUUGGAGGCUUACCAAAACAACGUGAGAAAUCAGGAGAGUUUCGAUCGCGGAAUGUAGAAGAUCCUGUAACGCGACGAACCAGUUUCCGAGGACGUGGUCUUCAGGAAAAUGGGAGAACUAAAACGUACCUGAGAAACAGACUCCAACCGCAAAUAAGGUUGAUCGGAUGUUCUCGAAAGAACUUGUCGAUCGUACCUCCGAGAUGCAAUCGACUGGGGUUAAACGAUUAUUCUCAAAUCGCGCGAGAAGUUUGAGGAAAACAAUAGUCAAAACGGUAGAAAAAUCGGUGAACCUCGGGAAGACUUUUCUUCCGAUCAUGUGAUUCACUGACGAAAAGAGACUGGAUGUAGGAUAGAAUAGUCCAAUAAAUAACGAAAGAGUCAUCGAAGUUUCGAGUUGAGUCGCCGAGUAAGGUCAACUCGUGGAGACGAAACUUUUAACCGAUCAAUUAGAAAAUUCACGCAAGGUGAAUCGACAGCGUGAGAUCCAAGAAAAGAGCACAAAUUUCAUAUCUAUUUAAAGAGUAAGGAGGCGGAAUUGAUUUGUGGCGUUGAAAGUAAUUUAGCCACGGGAAAUAAUUGUUCGCCAUUUUCGAAGAGAAGAAAAUAGGUUGUAUUCGAAACGAUUUCACGGCCGACGCCGUACAUGACAAUCUGUAUCAUAAAGAACAUAUAAAAGAAGAGAAGGCAAAGGGAAAAUCGAGGGAUGAAACGUUAUUGAUAAUACGAUUAACCUAACGAUUAACUACUUGGUAAGCUUGAAUGAAUUUAACUAUAAUAACAAUAUGCAUUAGACGUGUAAGGGCGAGGUUAACGAUAACAAUAAUAC